UAUACCUAUGAUUAAUAAACUAAUAAAGUUACAAAGUAACUAUUUAAGACAUUUAAGAAAUUCAAUGACUAGUUUUAUAUUUCUCAAAGGAAUUUCAGCCUGUUACUAGAACAACAUAAAAGAUUGUUCUUCAAAGAUACCAAGUUUAGAACACUGAGUUCUAAUGCUGAGGAAAAAACUGGCUAUGAUACAAGGACUGCUUACACAGGAACUGUGAAAGGUGACCUUAAGUCCUUCGCAAUGGGACACAUAUUAGAGGGAAAAUUUGACGGAAGUUUCUUUGCAUUUGGUGAAUCGUUUCACCUAGAGCCUGCCGAGCGAUACUUUCACUUCAAGACGCCUUUCCAUUCAAUAAUUUUUCCUGCUUCAAGUGUUCGAUUUAAUUCCUCAGGAAUUCAAAGGAAAAUGGCUCGUGUUAAAGAUCUACAACCUGUGGUGGCUCAGGCUACCAGUAAACGAAUACGCCGCGACAACCUCAGCAACUCCAGCCUCAACACAUGCACUUUACAUAUUGCUGCUGACCACUCAUUUUUCAAGCACGUGGGCUCAGGUUCUGAGAGCGCCACUGUAGCAGAGAUGGUGUAUCACGUGGCAAUGACAGACAAAUCAUUCAGGGCAACAGACUUCAACCAAGAUGGAGGGCCUGGAGAUGAUAUCGGAUUUGUCAUAGCAGUGGUUACUGUGUUUAAGGAUGCAGAAUCAGAAGGCUCCUUAGAAAGUCCACAAGACAUCGGUAUCAUGCCUUAUUUGGUUAAAUGGAGCGAGAUAGAUCACAGCGCCUACUGCUUAGCUCUGCUGUUCACUUACCGAGAUUUCUCUGACGGGGCCCUGGGACUAGCCUGGGUAGCGGAGCCCGAAUUUGACACACCUUGCGGAAUAUGCUCCAAGAUGGUCCGCCUGGAAGAGGAGCAUGAAGCACUGAGCCUCAACACGGCACUGGCGACCCUUUUGAAUUAUGGCGUCAGGUUACCAAGAAAGGCUUCGGUGAUAACAGUUAUGCACGAGUUUGGUCAUAGCUUUGGGUCCGAGCAUGACCCAGACACAAGUGAAUGUUCACCAGGCGGACGCGCUGGCAACUUUGUCAUGUAUUCACGAGCACGCGACGGAAAUGAGCCCAACAACUUCCUGUUUUCUCCAUGUAGCAAACGCAGAAUGUCCCCCAUAAUCUCUACGAAAGGACCACAGUGUUUCAUUGCUCAUAACAAUGGUUCGUACUGCGGAAACAAGAUCGUUGAGCAGGGUGAGGACUGUGAUUGUGGAAGGCCAGAGGAAUGCUUGGCGGUAGACAAGUGCUGUGUGGCGAGAGAUGACACCUUGAACAUACCCGGAUGUACGGUCAGGGAGGGAAAGCAAUGCAGUUCUGUUGCCGGAAGGUGUUGCACUGAAGAAUGUACUUUUAUCCCAGAAUCCCAGGCGCGCGUGUGUCAAGCAGAAACAGAGUGCAGCCUGGAAUCUACUUGUAAUGGUAUGAGUGGACGUUGUCCUGAAGCGGAGUCCAAGCCAAGCAAUGUGACAUGCAAUGGAGGAUCAAACACAUGUCUGCAUGGCAGCUGUACUGGUUCAAUAUGUGUACUAUAUGACACCAUUGAGUGUGAAUGCUACCAGAACACAGACCAAAUGUGUCAUGUUUGUUGCAACAACAGUCAGAGCGUGUGCGUAUCGACUCAGGAGUUCCUGGGUCGAGUCAUUCUCAAGCCUCCCGGCAGCACUUGCAAGUCUCACCAGGGUUACUGUGACUCAUACGGUGUAUGUGUCAUUGUAGACAGUGAAAAUGAACUGAGCAAACUCAGGGACACUUUCAAGAGAUUCUUCUCUAAGGCAGCCAUGAGGGACCUGUGGAGCUGGAUAAAGAGACACUGGUAUUACGUCCUAGUGAUCAUCGGUAGCAUUGUGUUAGUUGUUGUUCUCCUCAAAUUUACUUCCCGAGAAAGAACAUCUCUUCUGAGCCUUGCAAGGCGAGCUCUUUUGCCAUACAUCGUCCGGAAUCAGCAGCAUGUACAUCUAAGAGCCCCUCAGGUGUCUUUGGACAAAUUUGUCGAUGCAGAGGAGGAACUGGGCAAUAAUAGCGGGGACAGAAAUCUGAGAGAAGCGGAUGUAUACGAAUCACCUGAAUCCCGUCUGCAGGCUUUAUUUCCUGAUGUGACCAGCUGGGAUUUAGUCAGUGCUAUCCGACAUUCCACAUCUGAACAAGCUGCGAUCAACAGACUUCUGGCUCAGGGAUAUGUUAUGACUGAAUAUUGAACCAGGUGGUUUUCUCCUUUUCCCUCAAGGCCUGCGGGAACAGUGGAAUGACAUUUAAAAAAGACUUUCUUUAAACUACUCGAUUCUUUGUUAUAUCCCGUUAUGUAUUUUCCUCCGUGGUCAGAAUGGUUUUAAAAGACCGUAUAAAGCAAUAGUUCUCUAACGUGUCACACAGGCUUGUGUUUGUUGUUUGCUCAAUGCGGGUUAAGAGUUUCAUCUCUAGGUAAGUUGAAAAAUCAACGGCCGUUAACUUCGAUAUCAUGUAAUCGUACCAUAAUUCUUUGGGAUCUGGACAAUAACGUUCAAUUAUCAUUUAGCGCGACUAGUAUUCUCCUAAGACAGGCUGUCUUUCCAGCUAACUUGGUACUACAACAACGAUAAUGCAGAAGAGGACUACAGUUGGAUUGUUUAAACGGUGUGAUCGCGUUAGCAAGGUACAUAAAUGACUGAGAGAAUUCCUUCAUUGUGAUUGGUUAAGAGCAGGCAAACUUAUCAUUUAUUUUUAAUUUGCGCUGUCAAGCAAAUUAACGAGCAAAGCUCAAAUUAAAGCUCAGCAAGUAUGAUUUGGA